AUGCCACCUUCUGGGAACCAAACCUACGGCCCGACGUACGAGAAUGGCCGGCAGCAAAACUGGUUCCAAUAUUCUCAGUGUAAUGGUCGUAAGAAAGCUCUCUGUGUCGGGAUCAACUAUUUUGGUCAGCAAGCAGAGCUGAAGGGGUGUAUCAACGAUGCCACAAAUGUCCAGCAAUUUCUCUGCAGGAAAUAUGGUUACAAACCAGAUGAUAUAGUCAUGCUUACUGACGAUGCCGCCAAUCCUGCACAACAGCCAACCAGAGCUAACAUGUUGCGCGCCAUGCAAUGGCUUGUGGGUGAUGCUCAUCCUAAUGAUUCUCUCUUCUUUCACUUUUCUGGCCACGGUGGUCAGACUAAAGAUCUGGAUGGUGACGAGGAGGAUGGGUAUGAUGAAGUCAUCUAUCCUGUUGACUUUGAGAGUGCUGGCCAUAUCGUGGACGACGAGUUGCAUUUUGUGAUGGUCAAGCCUUUGCCUCCAGGAUGUCGCCUUACAGCGAUCUUCGAUUGUUGCCAUUCUGGUUCUGCGUUAGAUCUUCCAUUCAUGUAUUCUACAGAAGGAAAAAUCAAAGAACCCAAUCUCCUUGCCGAAGCAGGUCAAGGCCUUCUCAACACUGGGUUGACGUACCUCAAAGGCGACAAGAAAGGCGCGCUUAAAGGUCUCUUCAAUGUUGUCAAGACCGCUGCCGGGAAAAAUAACGCCGCUGCGGAGCACGCCAAGCAAACGAGAACUAGCCCAGCUGACGCGAUCAGCUGGAGUGGUUGCAAGGAUAGCCAAACCAGUGCUGACACUGUCGAGGCUGGGCAGAGCACCGGCGCUAUGAGCUAUGCAUUCAUUAAAUGCCUUACCGAGAAUCCUCACCAAACGUAUCAACAGCUCUUGGUCUCGAUUCGAGAAGAGCUACGUAACAAGUACAGUCAAAAGCCUCAGCUUGCCUGCUCGCACCCGAUGGACACGAGCAUCCUUUUCAUCUGUUAA